UACAUCGAUGUUUUUUUACAUCCCUAAAACCAACACGUGUUUUGGUUUCUUUCCUUGCUUUUUAGCCUCAUGGCAUUUUUCCGCUGUUCGAAGAAAAAGUUUGAGCUAUAAUAAUAAUAAAAUAAUAUUUUAAGUAUACUUUUUUAAGUCAUGGGAAAACCAGGUUUUUCACCACGAGGAGGUGGCGGUCGUGGACGAGGUGGCUUUGGAGGCCGUGGUCGGGGUGGAGGAGAUCGCGGCGGUGGCGGUCGAGGCGGUGGUGAUCGUGGUCGCAGCAGUUUCGGUGGACGAGGUGGUUUUGGCGGUCGUGGCAGUCGAGGUGGAGAUGGUGGUCGCGGAGGAAGAGGUGGAGGCGGCCGUGGUGGUCGGGGCGGAGGUGGUGCUGGAGGAUUCAAAGGAGGCAAAACUGUUGUUAUUGAGCCACAUCGCCAUGAGGGCGUUUUUAUUGCUCGAGGAAAGGAAGAUGCUUUAGUAACGCGCAACUUUGUCCCGGGGUCAGACGUUUACGGCGAGAAACGUAUAUCUGUUGAGAGUAAUGGCGAAAAAAUUGAGUACCGCGUGUGGAAUCCUUUUCGGUCGAAACUAGCAGCAGCAAUAUUAGGUGGCGUGGAUAAGAUUCACAUGCCCCCAGGGUCGAAAGUUCUCUACCUUGGAGGUGCUUCAGGCACAACAGUGUCUCAUGUAUCGGAUGUAGUUGGCCCCGAAGGUCUUGUAUAUGCCGUGGAGUUCUCGCAUCGUUCCGGUCGCGAUCUAAUUAACGUUGCUAAGAAACGUACAAACAUUAUUCCUAUCAUUGAAGAUGCUCGCCAUCCCCACAAAUACCGCAUGCUAGUUGGCAUGGUGGAUACGAUAUUUGCAGAUGUCGCUCAACCAGACCAGGGUCGCAUAGUAGCGUUAAAUGCUCAGCAUUUUCUUAAGAACGACGGACAUUUUGUUAUAUCUAUAAAGGCAUCUUGUAUUGAUUCUACUGCGCAACCAGAGGCUGUAUUCGCAGCUGAAGUCAAAAAAAUGCAGGCAGAUAAAUUGAAACCACAGGAGCAGAUUACGUUGGAGCCUUAUGAACGCGAUCACGCUGUUGUUGUUGGCGUAUAUAGACCACCACCUAAGAAUGCAGGCACCGUUGACUACUGAAGAUAUAUAUAUACAUAUACAAAUAUGUACAUAUAUAUGAAGGAGGCAAAAUAUUCAAUUCGAGAGACUGGUUUUCACUUUCUCAUCGAGAGAUUUUUUUUUGCAAGACCUGCUAUUUCUGUUAUAUUUAAUCAUUUUAUAUUUUGAUCAAGAAUAAUCAUAUUUUGAUGAUUAGUAAUUUUUAUUUUUUCGAUUAUAACCGUUGAUUUCAGAUUUUAAUUUUUUAAUGGAUCAUAAAAAACUUGUAUGAUCGACCGGUUUUAAUCAUUAUAAUCGAGAUAAUGGGUCGAUUAUCGAUAUCAAUAUUUAGAAGCGAAAAUUGAAGUGUGUUAAAUAUUUUACUUUUUAAUAAUUUGAACGAUAUUAACAUUUUGGAAUGCAGUUUGCUUUCACAGAAUUUGGAGAAAAUAACAAAACAAUAACUUGAAAUUUUAAUUCCCGUGUAGUACGUCCUUUUGGCGAAACAAAAGCGAACACUGAUUGCAAAUUUUCUCCUUUAGCAACUGAAGCGCCUCUUUUAAAACUACCGACACACCAAGUUUUCCAAAUUAAAGUCAUCGCUGACACUUCAUUCUACGAAAAAUCGAACGGGUGCGCAAGCUUUUAUGAGCGGAGGUUUUGAAGUUGAACGAAGUGGUUCAUUUGUUUAUUAACCAAUUAUACUACAGCUUCUUUUGGAAGUCCUCAAUAUGCUUUGAAAAUGAACA